AUGUCACGGGUUUUAACUAUAUGGCAUGGGAUUUCAAGUUACACAAUUCAAAUUAUUUAUACGGAGACUAAUCCAAACGUCAGACAAAUUUUUUUAGUUAUUAUAGAUAGAUUUCAAACAAGUUUAGAAAAUAAUAAUUCUUUAUCAGUACUUCAAAAUUAUUGUAACGAUCUUAUAACAAAUAAACCAGAUAAGAUAGUAUUCAAUUCAAAUAAUUUUUCUUCGAUUCCGGAAAAUAUUUUGGUUUCUCUUAUUCAAAAUAAUCAUAAUCUUAAAAUGAAUGAAGUUCAAAUUUGGAAUCAUGUUCUUAAAUGGGGGCUCGAUCAAAAUCCAGGACUUCCUUCUGAUCCUGAAAGCUUUACUGAGAAUGAUUUUAUAAAACUUUUUUUGGAUCACGAUCAUAAACAAAUUGAUCAAUCAGAACCGGAGAAGACUAAAGAGAUUGAACCCGAAGCUCAGGCAUUUGAAAAGAUUUUCAGUCGACAAGUACAAGUAAUAUUCCAAAUAUUGAGCCACAGAUAUUUACACAAUAAAUUUCGUAAAGCCUGCAAUAAUCAAGCUCGCACCGUAACUAUUAUUAAAGUAAGGAAUAGUAACGAAAUUCUUGAAGGAUAUAGUAAUCCAAUUGAAUGGAAAACUGGUGGUAUCUAUGUCGCUACUUACGAUAGUUUCAUAUUCUCUUUCGAUAAUAAAAGUGUCGAGAAUCAUAUUUUGAGUCGUGUAAGGAAUACAAAUUUUACCAUAUCUCAUCAUAGUAGUUGUGGCCUAUCAUUUGAAGAAGGGGAUCUUAUUUUACGCGGAAGUAAACUAUUUAAUAAUAGUGUUUGUACAAAAGCUUCCUAUGAUAGACCGAUCAGAAAUAGUAAUAGUAAAUUUUCUGUAGAAGAAUUAGAAGUAUUUCAAAAUUACUAAGAAAUUUUCUUUUUUUUAAUCCUCUUAAUCAUUAUUCUCUUUUAUAAAUAAUUAUCAUUUAUGUAAUCGGGUUCUUUCAAUAAAC